AUGUCACUUCUCGUACCAAAUGAAUUAUCUCUCCAAUCAAAAGCCGCAUACCUUCGCACUCUUCCGUCAAUUCGUGAACGCUGCACUCGUGUCUUUGAGCUUGCUCAACAGGGCAAGUUAGAGUAUUUUGAUUAUCAUGAGGGAAAAGAAAAGGACGUGGUCGAGUAUUGUGGAAGCAUAAUUGCUCGCGAUUUCGGGACGGAUUACAGUAGAAUCCCACCCCACGGCCGCUGGCGCCACUUUGACCUCGGACUCAACCGUGUCGAACGUCUCCUAAACAAAUGGACAACUGAACUCGGUACGGGUGAAAAUGCGAAGAAAGAAAGCAGUAAACGGCUCGUGGACUUGUUCGUCGUUUCUGUGCUGUUGGAUGCUGGCGCUGGGAAAGAUUGGGUUUAUCACGAGAAGAAUACUGAAGGGAAAUACAGCAGAUCGGAAGGAUUGGCGAUAUGCAGUUUGCAUAUGUUUGAGGAUGGACUGUUUUCUGGAGAGGAUGGACAAAAAUGUAGAGUCGAUGCAACUGGCCUUUCAAAAAUAACUACCACCUCCGUCGCUCAACACAUGCAAGUCUCUGAGACAAACCCCAUUGUCGGACUCGAAGGACGCACUUCUCUGCUCCGUAAUCUCAGUACCGCGCUGAAAUCGAGCCCAGAGUUUUUCGGAGAGGAAGGGAGACCGGGAAAUAUGCUUGACUUCCUCGAAAGGGAAUCCAGAAUUACCGAGUCCGGCACCCGUCUCGUCCCACUCGCUGCACUUUGGAACGUUCUCAUCGACGGAUUGAACCCGAUUUGGCCCGCGUCUAGAACGAAACUCGGUGGAGUAUCAUUAGGUGAUGUCUGGCCUUGCGAAGCCCUAAAAUCAACAUCGUUCAGCGAAGGCGAUGAUCUCGUCCCGUUCCAUAAACUAACUCAGUGGUUGACAUACAGUCUCGUCGAAGCGAUCACGCAUACGAUGAAGUGGGAGUUUGUUGGACUGGAAGAUAUGACAGGGCUUCCGGAAUAUCGAAAUGGUGGUCUCCUCAUUGACCUCGGCGUCCUCACACUCAAACCAAAUGCUCUCCCCAUUGACGAAACAUCUGGUCUACCUAAAGCAGCUCCAGACGACCCAGCGGUGGUGGAAUGGCGGGCGAUGACGGUUGUGAUGCUUGACCGCAUAGCCACCGCUCUCCGCACCUCUCUCAACCUCUCUGCCUCCGAUCUAUCUCUUGCCCAGGUUCUAGAAUCUGCGACGUGGAAAGGCGGGAGGGAGAUUGCUCAGACAAAGAGAGGCGAGAAGGGAGGAGGCCCACCGUUGGAAUUGGUCAGUGAUGGGACUGUUUUUUGA